AUGGCUGCUUCUUCUUGCCACAUUAGGUCAAUUAGUUUUCCCAGCAGACCACACAAUGAAAGAGUGGAAGAGAUUCUCAACAAGCUCAAUGCAGUGGAAGUAUCUGCUGCAUCAACAGCAGAGACUAUCUGCCGUAGUUUACUUGUUUUGGAAGACCUAUCCAAAUGUGUUGAUGAUCUUCUUAACUUGCCUCACCUCUCCCAACAUGGAAAAUGGUUUGAAGAUUUAUUAGAAAAAUCCAUAAGAAUUCUUGAUUUUUGUGGCACGAUAAGGGAAUUAGUAUCACAAUGUAAGGAAAAUGUAAGAGAUGUAGAAUCCUCUGUCAGAAGGAGAAAGCAAGAUUCAAACGCAGAAGCCAACAUAGUCAGAUUCGCCUCUUUUAGCAAAAAGAUGAGGAAGGACGCCAAAAGAUUAGUCUUCUCCUUAAAGCAAAUGAAUGAGGAGUCUGAGAGAUUAGUGUUCCAAGAUACAGAUCCGGAAACAGAAUUUGCGAUUGAAGCAAUGAGAAAGGCCAAUACAACAUGCACUCUGAUUUUCCAAAUGCUCUUGUUUUUCUUGUGUGUGCACUCUUGA